UAGAGUGUAUCAUUCUUCAUUCUCCUUCUCUCUCUUUCUUACUCUCUCUCGCAAAGCGAUUCGAAAAAAAAAAGCAAGAUGGGUCAAGGAACUCCGGGCGGUUUGAACCGGCAAGGUCUACCGGGUGACCGAAAACCCGACGGCGGCGACAAGAAGGAGAAGAAGUUCGAGCCGGCGGCGCCUCCAGCACGCGUUGGCCGCAAGCAGCGGAAGCAGAAGGGCCCUGAGGCGGCAGCGCGGUUGCCGACGGUGACGCCGUUGUCGAAGUGCAAGCUGAGGCUGUUGAAGCUGGAGCGAAUCAAGGACUAUCUCUUGAUGGAGGAGGAGUUCGUGGCCAACCAGGAACGACUCAAGCCUCAGGAGGAGAAGGCUGAAGAGGACAGAUCCAAGGUCGAUGACCUUAGGGGUUCGCCGAUGAGUGUUGGGAAUCUUGAAGAGCUCAUUGAUGAGAAUCAUGCUAUUGUUUCCUCUUCGGUUGGGCCUGAGUACUAUGUUGGCAUCUUGUCGUUUGUUGAUAAGGAUCAAUUGGAGCCUGGAUGCGCGAUUUUGAUGCAUAACAAGGUUCUUUCUGUUGUUGGGCUUCUUCAAGAUGAAGUUGAUCCAAUGGUCUCUGUCAUGAAGGUUGAGAAGGCUCCUUUGGAAUCUUAUGCUGACAUUGGUGGUUUGGAUGCCCAGAUUCAGGAAAUUAAAGAAGCAGUUGAGCUUCCUUUGACACAUCCUGAACUGUAUGAAGACAUUGGUAUAAAACCUCCUAAGGGGGUCAUUUUAUAUGGAGAACCUGGAACUGGGAAGACAUUGCUUGCAAAGGCUGUGGCAAACUCAACAUCAGCAACGUUCUUACGUGUUGUUGGUAGUGAAUUGAUACAAAAAUACUUGGGAGAUGGUCCAAAACUUGUGAGGGAACUUUUCCGAGUUGCUGAUGAUCUUUCCCCUUCUAUUGUCUUCAUCGAUGAAAUUGAUGCUGUUGGUACAAAGAGGUAUGAUGCUCAUUCAGGUGGAGAACGAGAAAUUCAAAGGACUAUGUUGGAGUUGUUGAACCAGUUAGAUGGUUUUGAUUCAAGGGGAGAUGUAAAAGUUAUCCUUGCCACCAACAGAAUUGAAAGCCUUGAUCCAGCUCUGCUACGUCCUGGUCGAAUAGACAGGAAGAUUGAGUUUCCUCUCCCUGAUAUCAAGACAAGGAGACGCAUUUUCCAGAUACACACAUCAAGGAUGACAUUGGCUGAUGAUGUCAACUUAGAAGAAUUUGUUAUGACUAAAGAUGAGUUCUCUGGAGCUGAUAUAAAGGCAAUAUGUACUGAAGCUGGUUUACUUGCUUUACGAGAACGCCGAAUGAAGGUGACGCAUGCAGACUUUAAGAAAGCAAAGGAUAAAGUUAUGUUUAAGAAGAAAGAAGGGGUGCCGGAAGGACUGUACAUGUGAAAUAUCAUCCUGGUUUUCCCUGGUCUCCCUUCUUCUAUUAUGGUCGUUUUCUUGUUCUGUGAACCGAUGUUUUACUUGUUUGUAUUUUGAAUUAUGGUUGUUUAUGGACCUAUGUUAUCACGGAAUUAUAAUUUCAACUUCAGUUCAACAUAGUUUUCCUUAAUUUGAUA